AUGUCUUCUUAUUCUUGCCGUCGCACCACGGCGGCACUCCUCGCUUUGUCGUCGUCGUUUGCAACCCUCGUCGCCGGACAGUUCCAGAUCACUCCCACCGGCACCUUUGCUGGUCUAGGUCUCGCUGCCACAUGCGAAUCUGUCCUGUAUCAGAGCAUCAACUGCGAUGCGUAUGUCCUGAAUCUCGGCCAGAAGGUUUACCACGGUUCGCCGGGAAACAAGACCUUUACCGACACCAUCUGUUCUACGACAUGCUGGACCUCUCUGCAAACGGCGCGGAGAAGAAUUGUAGGCGCCUGUGCCCAGACGCCAGACCUGUUUCCUGGAUACCCCGUCCUCACCUUGAUCGAUCCUGUCGUCUCCGGCUGGAACGAGACCUGCCUUAAGGACUCUGAUGGAGGCUACUGCAAUACCAAGAUUGAGGCGUUCCCAGAGGUCGAGAGCAUUGAGGAUAUGCCGCAGGCACAGCUUUGCUCCUUCUGCCUGGGAGCGAAACUCCGGCUCAUGCAGUCAUCACCCUACUCGGCCUACGAUGAGCUACAUGCUGAGAGGCUCGAGUAUAUCAACAAGCGUUGCGGAGCAGGGACAGGCGGCAGUACGAGUCCUCUACCUCCCGCAAUCCAGCCAAACGGAACCACACCGGACACCUGUGUCUCGGGGAACAAGUACACGGUGAAGAACGGCGACACGUGCAACAGCAUUGCACUCACAAAUGCCGUGUCCUCAUCCACCCUCUACUACAUCAAUCCCGAGCUCUUGAACUGCAGUGCCCCUGACGUUGGCUUGCAGCUCUGUCUGCCAGACAGGUGCGAGACCACAUACACAGUCAAGGAAGCCGAUGACUGCGUGACCAUCGCCAUCCGGGCCGAAGGCAGUGCCGCCUCUUCGUGGCAGGAUCUCGUGGCCUGGAACGCGGGGCUGGACGAUCGGUGCAGCAACAUCUGGUCCCCGUCGAGCAGCCCUCGCUACUGGGGCAACGUGAUCUGCAUCAGUGCUCCAGGCGGACUCCCCUCAAAUCCGGGUACGGAGCCUGGCAACGGCAGCGGUACCGGCAACGGUGACAUUGGCGGACCAGGUGGCUCGGGCGACGGGUAUGUCGACUUCCCCGUUCCUGUGCCCACCGGAGGCACCAUUGCGCAGGGGACAACGACGCUGUGUGGAGCUUGGGUGCAGGCGCAGAGUGAUUCCACCUGCUCUUCGCUGAUUGUCGGGACCGCCGUGUCUAUUAGCCUUUGGUUGCUAGCUAAUCCAUCGUUGCGGGAACCGGUGAACUGUUCUAAGCGGUUGCGUGUUGGGUCAUGGCGCCGACGGUUUCUGCUUGUUCCACAAGCUGCUCAUUGCCCCGUACAGUCGUUCCAGCUCUUCUUCGGUGCCCUCUUCCUCGCCCACGGAGUGUGGUCGCAGUUCACUGUCCCUCCCGACACGACAGCCGAUCCCAACACGAUCAAGACGUGCACGUGGUGGCACGUGGCAGAGAGCAGCGACUCGUGCGCGAGUAUUGCUUCCCUCUACGGGAUCACGAGCGAGCAGUUCGCGAGAUGGAAUCCGUCCAUCGCGACGGCCUGCAAGCUCACUGUAGGCAACUCGUACUGCAUCGAGAACAACUUUGGCCAGGAUGACGGACCAGGGCCGUCCACGUCGUCGUCAACGCUGGUUGGCACCACCACGGUAUCUGUCACAGCCUCUCCCACAACUGGAAACGGCAUUUCUACGCCCACGCCUACCCAGGAGGGCAUGGCGGCCACCACGACGAGCAGCGGGAACGGAAUUACGACUCCGACGCCGACGCAGGCGGGCAUGGUGGGCAACUGCGACCGCUUCCACCUAGUCAAGUCUGGAGACCAAUGUGACACCAUCGCGUCGACGUACGGCAUCACGCUGGCCAACUUUUAUAGCUGGAACCCAGCCGUGGGGAAGAGCUGCGAAUCGCUGUGGCUCGAUACGUAUGUGUGUGUGCGGACGAUUGGGUUCGUGCCGCCCAAGACAACGACAACGACGGCGACCACCAGAAAGACGACUACCACGACUGCGGGAGGUGUUGCAACGCCGACCCCGACCCAGCCCGGCAUGGUCAGUGGCUGCAAAAAGUUUCACAAGGUUGCCUCGGGAGAUCAAUGCGACACCAUCGCAACGCGGUAUGGCAUCUCGCUGGCCAACUUUUACAGCUGGAAUCCGGCUGUGGGGAGCAGUUGCAAAAGCCUCUGGCUGGAUUACUAUGUCUGCGUUGGUCGUUAG